UUUGGCGCAUUUGCGACAAUUUGUGACUUUCAAGUAGCCGCAUGCAAGUCUACUGAAAUUCAUUUUAAUUGCUUUUAAUUAUUUUGAUUUAAAUGUAAUGUAGUUAUAGUACAUCAAAAAGGCGGCAACAGACAAUCAUUCAGUUCUCUAUUUUUAUACCUUCCGUGAUACUGAUACAGCCUUCAGCAAAUUAUCUGUAGGUUAGGUUAGUACUUAGCCAUCAAGUUCCAUCAAGAUGGCUGAUGGAGAACAAACUUCCAAAGACUGCAAAGAUACACCCUCCAAUAAAUACCUCAGUCUUUCAGGAGACCCUGCUCAGGAUAAGCUGCUGCUGCAGCCAUUCCACUACAUCUGCCAGACGCCUGGCAAGCAGAUCCGCUCCAAGCUGGCCCAGUCCUUCAACUACUGGAUGAAUGUGCCAGAGAAGAAGCUGAGCCAGAUCGAGGAGAUCGUGGAGAUGCUGCACAAUGCCAGCCUGCUAAUUGAUGACAUCGAGGACCGCAGCAUCCUCCGCCGGGGGAUUCCGGUGGCGCACAGCAUCUACGGCAUGGCCAGCACCAUCAACGCCUCCAACUACGUGUACUUUAUGGGACUGGAGCGGACACAGGCGCUGGAGCACCCCGAGGCAACGUCGGUGUUUUGUGAGCAGCUGCUGGAGCUGCACCGCGGUCAGGGUAUGGACAUCUACUGGCGCGACAACUUUCACUGUCCCACGGAGGACGAGUACCGCCAGAUGACCAUCCGCAAGACGGGCGGCCUGUUCGGUCUGGCUACCCGACUGAUGCAGCUGUUUUCCUCGUGUGAACACGACUUUACCAAGCUGUCGUCCACGCUGGGCCUGUUCUUCCAGAUCCGAGACGACUAUGCCAACCUCUGCCUUCAGGAGUACACGGAGAGUAAGAGUUUUGCCGAGGAUCUGACGGAGGGCAAGUUCAACUUUCCCUGUAUCCACGCCAUCGCCACCCACCCGGACGACACCCGCGUGGUCAACAUCAUCAGACAGCGCACCACUGAUGUCGAGGUGAAGAAGUACUGUAUCUCUCUGCUCAAACAAUUCGGAUCAUUUGACUACACCAAGCAGACCCUGCAAAGGCUGGACGCAGAGGCUCGAGAGGAGAUCGCGCUGCUCGGCGGCAACCCCCAUCUGGAGCGUGUUCUGGAUUCGCUGAAGGUGUGAUAGGCGAACAGUUACCAUGACAACCAACACACUACAAGAUCUUGCUCAUCGCAUUAUGGAGUUUGUUCAUUCAGCUCGGACGGGCAUUGCACGCGCUAAAUAUGAGUGAGAAUGUGCUAAGUGCGCGGGCUACGUCAUUGCUUAUCGAAAGAACACGAUGCAACUGAGUCUGGAACGGAUAAAAGCCAGCUUCUAUUUCGGUGUUAUCGGUCUGGGAUUGCUGUUGGAUGUUAUCCGUUUCGAUUUUUUUAGUCUGAACAUUUAGCGUUGUACUUUGGAAACAUAUUAAAUGGACAUUCGUAUAACGGUUGUUAAAUGUGUCUAAGACAAAGAUGACUGAUGGGGUAGUUUAGGACGAACUUUCUCGUGGGCAUUUAUUUUAUUUCGACCUUAUGCGUGAAAACCGGUUCGGUAUGAGUCAUCUGCUCCAUUACGCAAUAGUCCUUAGCAGGUUGUCAUUUACGCGACGGUGCUUAUAGUUCAUGAUUUGUACAGGACAAAACUUCCUUGACAAAAGGUUUUGUUCCUUGUUUGUGUUGCCUUAGGUUAUACCAAACAACGAUAUAUAUGUGGCUGCAAGCUUAGUUAUAGAUUCAGGGCAUCUUACGAAUUAUUUCAUUGUAUUUAUUGCACGUCUGUAUUGGUGUAUGUUUAGAUUUACUUGCAAACAAUGUGGUAAUAUCGACACCUGUUUAGAAACCUUCAAAAAAGGUACAGUCACUCGAUUUUUCUCAAGUUUGUCUGUCUUGGCAGAUCAAGCAAUGCCAGAGCAAGCUUACGAACACACAAAUUUGAUCAGGAUCGGACGAUUGGACACUUCUAAAAAGAGAUCUUUCGUGCUUCCCGGAAAUUCACCGGAGAACAGAUGUGGGGUUUAAAAAAAAGGUGUCGAUAUCUGCAGCAAAAGUGACCGAUUGGUUUGACUUUUAGUGGGAGGUCCUUUUGUUUCGAUAGCAUGUGCCAUUGUUUCCGUCCAUGCGUUCAUCAAUCUUUGCCUCAGAAGAUUCUGUGCCGGACAUCCAAGGAUCUCUGUGUAAAUGGCGCGCGUGGAAAAAGUGCGAAUACGUGAGAGCAUUUUUUUGUGUAGCUACUAAAAAAAACUGUUUCAAAACCUUUUUUUACUCUUAGUUUGCUCUUAGUACGCAAAACGAGAAACUCACUGCGAUUACUGUUUGUGAUCUCUUCCAUUCAGAAUUUGAUUUUGUGGCUCGAUCUUUUGAUUGCGUGUUCUAAACAGCGCAGUGUGGUGUUCGCUGUGUUGUCUGGCACCGUAUUGUUAUUGUCUACAAUCUGGCAAUGUAGAUGGUUGAUGGUUGAUGUGAUUUGUCGUGGAUGAGCUUUCUCAAUGUCGAUUGUUUGAGCGUUCCUAGCUAAAAAGUUGUCUUCGGCUACCUUUCUUUUCUGGAGACGUUUGCUGUCUCAGUUGCCCAUCUUUCCAAUUCUGGCGUUUUUCGUACGCGACAACAUAUUUUGCUGGCAUACCGGCUAUCGCAUCUAGACAUGUUCUCUUUAUCGGAUAGGCAUCUUGAUUUUGACUGAAUCUUGCCUCAUCUUCGUAUAUAACAAUAAGCAUGCGUUGUCUUCGCGGAUUUGAUGACAAUUCGUAAAAUCACCGUUUGAAUUACCGCAAAAAAACAGCAGAGCCAUCGGCUAAGUCAGAAAAGUGUGUGAUUUUCGCAGCUAUGUAUCCUGUUCCAUUCUUCACAGUGGGCGGUGCACCUCAAUAAAAUUCCUCCACUGGGUGCCGCGCUGUCAUUUGUGUGAUGUUGAAUACAUAAUUGUACCAGA